AACUUCAAAAUACUCGCAACUUCUCUAAAAAACAGUAUUAACCGUGUACUAUACAACGCGAUUGCUUUAAAGAUUCUCCUUAAUUAGCCUGUGGUCAGUGGACGAAGUAAAAGCGGAACGUACAGAUUCAAUAUGGGUGACCGUCGCUUGCUAAGGUGGUUGCCUGCUGUUUGCAUGUUGCUCUCCUCUGUGCAUGCCUACCCAAGUCUUCAAAUAAAAAUACCGAAUGGUGACAGCGUACCUCAUCCAUGUGACUCCUCUCGAAUAUGGGAGGGGGUCGGGCACGAGAACCAGGCGGGUGGAGGGGUUAGGAACCCCUUUGGAAGGGACUUUGAUGCAAACGGGAAGGUUUGGGACUCUACAAUCUGCAGAAUGGAUUCAGAUGGAGAUGGACGGACGAACGGAGAAGAGCUGGGAGAUCCUGACUGUAUAUGGAGCCAAGGACAGACCCCAGCAGUCACUUCCGGUCUUUCACAUCCAGGUGUAUGUGAGCCAUUGGGUAGUAGCACGUGUGCAGGGAGAAACUCGUUUGUAGACUGUGGAAAUACCGGAGAGUUUGACUGCCCUCCCAUACACGCAGACGAUACCGUCAAAAUGGACAUACGCUAUCCAGAAACGCCAGUCCCUGCCCAGGAAACCACAUACAUGUGUAUGGCUUUUGAGCUUCCAUCGGAUAAGCCCUACCAUCUGAUCGCCUCUACCCCAAUCAUCGACAACAGGGAGGUCAUGCACCACAUCAUCGUCUACGGAUGUUCUGGAAUGGACACAGCACCAAGAGAGCUGAACAAACCAUGGAAUUGUCAGGGGGAAAUGCAAUCGUGUCGGGAGAUGAUAAGUUUAUGGGCAGCAGGUAGCAAUGGGAUAUGUUUCAAUGAAAACAUGGGAUUCCAGGUUGCUGGAGAAAAAGGACUGAAGUAUGCUGUGAUGGAGUUUCAUUGGAACAAUCCCUCUCUCGUCGACAGUUACACAGAUAGUUCUGGCUACGAACUAUACCUCACUCCGAAUCUCCGCCCUUACAAUGCUGGUGUGUUAACGAUUGGUCAAAGUUACAUCGCCAUUCCGCCGGGUAAAAUGGGACACGUGGAAGAGGGCACCUGUCCUGGCAAUUGUACCAAUCAGAUCAUGACGGGAGAUUUACAGGUCACAUUCGCUCUUAACCACAUGCAUACGAUGGGAAAGGCCCAAAUCACAGAGCUGAAUCGAAAUGGACUGCGUAUAGAGUACCUAGCAAAGGAUGACCACUUCGACUACAACAGUCCUGUGUAUUAUGAAUAUGAGGAUCCUAUAACCGUUCGUCCUGGAGACGAACUCCACACAACCUGUGUAUGGCAAUCGCUUGACAAAACAAAAACAGUCAACUAUGGCCAAGGGACGCAAGACGAAAUGUGUUUUGCUUUCCUUAUUUACUACCCUAAGGAAAACUUGCGGUCAAAAAUGUGUGUAUCAAUGAGGGGACUUGAUCAUUGUGAAAUGUGGAUGAACGGAAAUGUCAGGAGAGGGUGUGAUUUUGAGAAGAUUUUCAACCCAGUAGACCCCGACACUGUGGCCAUGUACGAAGCAGUCUCAGAAAAAUGCACACCAUUUGUAUGCCGGGAGGAAUGUCUUGAUUACGUUAGAAACCUCAAGCAACAACCCUGCUUCAUCGGUGACGUAGGAGACUUGUUGAGAACUCGGUACCUAAGGGAUGAAUCCACAAGAAACGAAGUCAUAUCCUUCUUUGCUGCAAUCGAUUCGUGCGAUAUGGAGCUGUGGGAGGAAAGUUACCGACCAAAUGGAAAAAAUGAUGGGUCCAUAUCUUCUGCCGAGAACCGCCUGGCCUCGACGUAUUUUAUAAUCGCAGUUUUUGCCCUUUCAUUGUUCCUUUGAUAAUGCUUUGUGUAUAUGUUAACCCCGAGAAAGCUUCCUGAUCACGUUAUUCUAAUAACACAAUAGUAAAUUAAUAUCAUCACGAAUACACGUUCUUAUUAAAAGUUCGGCAAUUAAUGUAGAUGAAAAGUAUAAAGGGCAUUUAUCGGUAUUAUUACUACGUGUCUUUUAAAACACGUUUCAUAUUUCACUGAAGUUGUAAGUCUAUUUUCGUCUUGAACUUUAGAAACAUCAUUCAGGAGACAAGCGUACCUCAAUGUUUUCAAUGAUAAUUAAUUUCAGGUGAGGAAUAUCUCGUCAGCUAUCUUGCAGCCAUGUAAAAUAUUAACUUUAUCUUAUUAAUAUCAAAACAAACACAAUCCUCAACCUUUAUUUCAAUUCAUUAGCAGAAAACGCCACAUAAUUAAAUAUGAAGCUGUAACAAACGUUCUGCAGUAAUACAGCACGAACAUUUAGGAACUGGCGGCCUUUGUAAGGCCUUGUUCGGUGUUUGAAACAAAAUAAUAAUGUGUAUGUGGUUUAUGUGUUGAAUUCGUUUUUAUGCUAUCAUUUGUAAAUAAAAACGUUUAAUAAAUGAUUUACAUAUGA